CGAGGGCGCAGACGUGGCGAGAGGGAUCCCUGCGAGGGCUGAGCCCUUGGGGCCCGGGCGGCUCCUGAGGACGCCCUGGGGCGCUGCAGCCGCGGGGCUCGUUGUGCUUUCUGCGGGUCCCUCAAAGUCCGUGGGGAGAUGGGGGCCUGGCGGCGGCGGGAGCACCGAGGUGCCCUGUCACCGCUUAGGGAUCUGCGAGGGAUCGGAAGGAAUCGGGUCUGGCUCAGGAAGCGAUGCAGAACCUCACGGGCUGUGUGUCUGCGCUGGCGCCGGCGUUUGCAUCGAAGUCAGCGCCGAUAUUUUUGAGUUAAAACACCUCGCAGCUUGUUUUUUUGCAACCGUGCCCCUUUCUGCAGCGACGUGGCCGUGUAAGGACCGUGCUGUGCUGUGGGAUCGAUGGAUGACAGUGCUCCCGCAGCACAGUUACAGCUCACUAAUAUUUUUUUUACUGAGAACAGACUUCUAAUGAGGUUAUGAAACGAGCCUGUGUCACAGCUAAGUCCCACCCAUUGCUGUGCUGCUGAGAUAGGCCACCCAUGAUUCCAUCCUGGGGAGACGGGGGUGACUGAUGCAGCCCCCAUCCAGCAGCUCCAGUGACACUCCCAGCCUCGGCUUUAGCUGUCAGCUUAGCGGCCUGAUAACCUCCCAGUAUUGCUGACUUCUGACCACUAGAAAAAGAAAAAAGCCGUGUUUUUCUUCUUUUCUUUAUCCAAGAAGCUCUGUCAGAGGGAUAAUGUGUGUCUGUGAUAGCUUCCUUCCAAUUCUGGCAUUUUCAGCCCUACCCAGAGGAGAUAGUGAGGUGAUGUCAUACUUGGGACUAAGAUAUGGAAAACUGCGAUGUGGUGAAUUCUGUACAAGGAACCCCUUCGUCUUCUGCAGACUCUGAUGGCAGAAACACCCACAGCUCUGUGUGUAAUUUGAAUUGUAACAGAAGUCCUUCAUCCAAUCCCAAUGGAGUUUCUGGUUACUCAGGGAAUACCAGGUCCUCAUUAAAGCCUGAUUCUGUUGAGCUGCUUGCCUCCUUUAUGCAAGAUAUCCAGAACAUUGGACACGCUGACUCGGAAAUUGUGAGGAACUGUGAGACAAGGUGGCUACAGCUAUUGAGACUGGUAGAAAAACAAUGUCAGGAACAAAUAGUUGCCCAGCAAGAGCAGUUCCACCAUCAAAUCCAACUGAUUCAGGAUGAGAUAAAGCAGCUGGUGAGGUUGCAGAGCAGCACUCGGGGUGCCAGCAGGAGCCGGGGUUUGCCUGCCCAGCUCACGGACACCUUUCCAUCCCUCCCGAGCCCAAUGGGGAUGCGCUCGGAGGCGUUUGAGGAGCAGGAGAGCAUUGCCAGCCAGCUGAGAUCCAGCGAAGGGGAGACGCAGCCAGAGGCCUCUGAUGUGCAGCAGGAAUGUGUGGGGAGCGAGGCCUCGAUGAACAGCGGCUACGGCACCCUGUCCACCGCCGAGCUGAGCCCUGGGCAGCCCAGGCAGCAGGGCACAGACUGCAUGGAGCACGCUGCCCACGGAGCGGGGCUGCAGAGUGAUGCAGCUGUGGGCAGAGCUCAGAAUAAAAGAGAACUUUUAGCGAAAAAACCAGAGGAAAACUGUUCAUCAGGAAGGAAUGACAUUUUAGUUUUUCCCGCUGAACUUGAAUGUAAAGCCGAUGAAGAUGAGCGUGGGAAAAAAGCCAGUAAAUCUCUAACAUCAUGGGCACAAAAGUUGAAACAAACCCAACCAAAAAGAGUAACUGCAGAUGAAGAGUGUGUGAACUCUAUGCAAGAAAAUGAGAGAGUGAAGAGAUUACCACUAGAGAACACAAACCUUACUGAUGCUGCUUUGCCACCUUUUUACCUCAAUCAACCAAAGGAAAGUCCGAAUUCCAUAGUGUCAGAAGCUUCAGGACUUUCAUACUGGAAGUUAGAUGAAAAGGAGAUGUAUCACACUUUACCAGAGAAUUUCAGAAGUGAGUGUCCUGAUGUUUUCUCCACAAAAGUAUCACCAGUUCAGUUGUCUUCUGCUGAUGAAAGGAAGUUGUCAUCACUGAAGGAUAUUUAUCAUAAAAGACAAAGGGAAAACAAGCAGAUGCCAGACCAGAGUUUUAUGCCUUCCUCCCAGUCAAGUCACCCACCAGAGAUCUUGACGUUGGACCCAACCCUGCAUAUGAAACCAGGUCAGCAGAACCAGGGACGCUGUUUUUUCAAUAUUCCUGAAGACUCUACUCCCUUUUCUCCAGACUCUAUGGCAGAGCCCGGAUUUCCAAGUCAUUGUGACACAGACUCUUUCUCACAGACAAGUAAUUCAUCUCAGUUAGAUGAUUCUCCAACACACCCUGCCAGCAGCAGAGCUGUGCGCUUGGACCUGUGGAGAAAUCACGCCUUCCAAACUGAAAACAGGGCCAGCUCUCCCUUCCCAGUGGCAUACAGGGAUGCUGACAAGGAUAAUUUAGUCAACACUGAGGAGGAAGAAACACUGACUCUAACUCCAUCUUCUGUUACUCAGUGUGCUGACAACAGUUUGCCAGAUUACAGCCUUUCAGUGGCAUCUGUUGAAGAUCCUGUGGUAAUGUCAAAGAUUAGGCAGAACCUGAGGGAAAAACACGCUCGACACAUCGCUGAUCUGCGAGCUUACUAUGACUCUGAGAUACAGAGCUUAAAACAGCAGCUGGAGUCAAGCCAUAGAACUGCUUCAUCUGAGGACCUGAAGAAAAUCAAUCAAAGUCUUGCUGACAGGUGUGACCAGUUAGAUGCAGCUCUGAAUGAAGCAAGUGCUCGCAUAAAAGCCCUCGAAAAUAAGAAUAAUGUGCUAGAAAAGCAAGUGGCAGAUUGGAGGGAGCGUUUCUGUGCCAUCAGUAACACUUCCAAAGUCCUGCAGGAGCGGCUCGAGGAAACGCGCGCAGCCCACAAGGAGAAGGACAACACCAUCAGCCGCCUGAAAUCGAGGCUUAAGGAGCUGGAGGAGGCUUUUGAGAAGGCUUACAAGUUAUCUGACAAUAAAAACACAAGGCUCCAGGAAGAAAACAAAAUGUUUCAAAAUCUUUUAGGAGAAUACGAAUCCCUUGGAAAAGAACAUGAAAGAGUAAAGGAUACGUUAAAUACAACUGAAAACAAAUUGCUUGAUGCAAACACGGAGAUUUCUGAUUUGAAAAGGACAAUUUUAAAGCUUGAAGCUCAGCUCAAGCAGGUGGAACAUGAAAAUACACUGAAACUUCGCCAUAUAAGUGAAAGUCGUGUAAGAACCUCUUGUGCCAACAAGUUGGGAACUCCUGAUGUCAGCAGGAGAAAGUGGUUGAUACCAGGAGCUGAAUAUUCCAUUUUCACUGGGCAGCCUUUGGAGGGCCAGGAAAGCCCCAAAGACAACAGGUUGGAAGAAACCUAUAUUCCUCCCAGGCAUCAUUCUCCUCCUGAAAAAGACUCCUCACAAGAAGAUUCUUCAACAAACACAAUAGAAAAGAAAGAAAAUGAGAUGUCAGAAGCACCAAUUAUAAAAGCCUUUAAAGAACUUGAAGAAGGAAAAGUAUUUAAAGAUUGGGGUACACAGACAGAAAAAGAAGAUGCACCAGCUAAACCAUCAACUCGACGUCAGACUGUUGGGUUUGUAGAACCUUCUUUGGUUGCAAACCGAUCUCCAGAGAAAGGGAAAGACCAGCACAGACCCAAGCGGUUCAGCUCCCCCUGUGGCCAGAGGUCAUCGUCCCUUCCUCCUGCAAACAGGAAAUCCAACACUCCCACAAGAAGAGAGAUAAUGUUGGCACCAGUGUCUGUGACAUACAGCCCAAAACGAUCUCCAAAAGAAAACCUCUCUCCUGGAUUUAGCCAUUUGCUUAGCAGAAAUGAAAACACAGUGACAAGAUUUGAUAUACUUCUAGAUGACCUGGAAACUGGUCCUACUUCUACUUUACAGCACAAUAAUCCAAGGAAAAGGCUCCAGUUUCACUCACUAGAUGAUGUAGAAGGAAGGCAGCACUCAGGUGUCAGACACAGCUCCUGUGCUGAAUCCGUCAGUAAUGGAAUGAAGAAAGCGGCAGCUUGGGACGAGAGGAGCCAGAGAUACGAGGCAGUGCAAUCACCUUGUGAAGAAGACUUCAAAUACACAGCAAGGAUUACAACUCUGGCUGAAACAGAGAGGCUUUUUGAUGAGCUGACUCACGAAAAGCAACAGAUUGAGGCUGCACUGAGCCGAAUCCCUUGUUCUGGUGGAAGAAUGACCUUGCAAGCGAGACUAAAUCAGGAAGCCCUGGAAGAUCGUUUGGAAAGAAUUAAUAGAGAUUUGGGGUUAAUACGAAUGACUCUGAAAAGAUUUCAUGUUUUAAGAACCUCUGCGAAUCUUUGACAAUUCUCUCUUGACUGCAAAUAUACGGUUUUUUUUGCACUAAUAUAUAAGGAUGCACUCAGUAAAUGCAAAUUGUUUUGUAUUUUUAUAAACCCUGAAAAGUAGUUUUGCAACCAUGUUACCCUUUACAAACAGCAAUAUUUUGUACUUCAAACAGCCACCUCUAUUUUAAACAUAUUUUUGUUACACCUGAGAAAUCAAUGUUUAUCCUGUAUUGUAAUAUUUUUAGAAAUAUUAAUUAUUUUUAAAUAGUGUUAUUCAAUUUAUAAUAAGAAACUAAAAGGCAGCUUGUUUUCAGAAAAUGAUAGUGUUACCCUUUUGCACUUGGUUUUCCUCCACCAUUUUAUAAAUAUUUAUGGUGUGAUGUAAAUAUUAGCCAAGAGGAGAUUUUGGACUUUUAAUACAAAAAGCAACAUGACUUACCUGUGUUGAAGAGAACUGCUGUUCUGUGGUAAAUCCUUUUAAUUUAAACCUUUAAUGGAUGUUUUUCAUUGUGACAGAACUGUGAGCAGUACUUGCACUAUGGCUGGCUGGGGCAGGAAAAUCCUGCUCCGAUUCAUCUGAUGUCUCCCAGCACUCACAGUGAGGGGUGUUUUGAUACUGUGAGUACCAGGAUUCACCUGACAGCAGCCUCCCUUGUCUCCCAGUGAACAACUCGACUCCAGCUGACACUCCAGGACUGGAACUCCUUACCUGAAGUUACUGGUUCCAUGUGCCAGACUGGGUUUCGUGCCAGUGUUCUGUUCGUGUACAUUUCAUGUAUUUGUGAACAUAAACGGAUUUUUCUUGGUGAAAAAUACAUAUUUGCCAGUUGACAUAUUGUUGCAUUACUGUCCAACAUUGAUACUUUGGUUUGUAUUUUAAUAUUUAAUAAAUGUUUAAUUAGA